CAUCUUACUGCAAGUUAUUUUGAGUUGAGACAGUUCAAUCUUGCAAUUUAAUCUUUACUAGUCUUAAACAUUGUUUUUGAAACUGGGGGUAUAAUUGAAGAAAUAGAUGAUGAGUGUUGCUGUUUUGUGAAUUAAAGAGUUUGUUUGCAGUCAUGCGCAGUUCUUAAUCACUAGAUCUGGAUUAACCAGGGAUUAAAAAUUAACCAGGACCAUCUCGCUUCCAUUUUACUCCAGAUGUUCAUCUAUUAAACGUUCAGGUUCGCGGGGGAAUGUUUUCGGUUCACUCGAGACAAAAUUGAGGGUGAGAAUCCGAUUCAUGAAGUUCGAAAUGUUUUGGGAAUCGCUUCAAACCAUACAUAACAAAUCCGAAAGCUAUUCGUUCACGUUUACUAGUUAUAUAUAUGUUUUAGUUAUAUCAAAUCCUGUCUUUACUGUGUGAAAUUGUUCUGUUUACUUCCGCGUAUUUGGAUUGACCAGUCACUUUGCUCCUGUGUCCCAAUUGGUGAGUGCCUUUCAAAAGUCGUCUCUGAUAGGAUCGUGGAGCUGUCACUCAACUUAUGGCGCAUUGACUGGUUGCAUGCACGCACGGUCGUGAAGGGAUACAAAGUUCUCUAGCUAGCGCAAAAGAGAAGAGUGGUUUAUAGUUAGUGUAAUACAUUUUGAUUUGUUUUACUUAAACUGUUUGUGAAAGUAACUCUGACUCGAAUCUAAGGUAAAACUAAGAGUAACUUUAAUGGCGAACUGGGGAAAUUACUUUCCAAACGAAGACGAUGUGGAUGAGCAGGAUGAAGAAGAGUCUGGAGGCGAUUACAAAAGCAGCGGCCGUGACAGCUUGGUGUUUUUGGUUGAUGCAUCCAAAGAGAUGUUCAUCAAAGGGGAGAAUGGAGAGCCAUCAAAUUUUGACAUGACUAUGCAGUGUGUGCGCAGUGUGUACACUAGUAAGAUCAUAAGCAGUGACAGAGACCUGGUUGCUUUGGUGUUUUAUGGGACUGAGCAGAGCAAGAACCCCAGAAACUCCUUCAAGCAUGUUUACGUCUACCACGACUUGGAGUCCCCUGGAGCAAAACGUGUACAGGAUAUUGAUAAACUGAAAGGUGAUAAAGGUGGUCAGUUUGCUGAAAAGACCAUGGGCAGUGGGGAAACUUCUCUCGGAGAGGCUCUGUGGUGCUGUUCCAACCUUUACAGUGACAUCAAGUUGCGACUGUCACACAAGCGCCUCAUGAUAUUCACAUGCAGGGAUGAGCCUCAUGGAGGAGACAGUGCAAAAGACAGACAGGCUCGUACAAAGGCUGCUGACCUAAAAGAGACAGGUGUAGCCAUUGACUUGAUGCACCUCUCAAAGCCUGGAGGGUUUGAUGUUUCACUGUUCUUUUGCGAUAUUGUAAGUCCUCCAGAAGAUGAAAGUGAUCUCGGCCUUCAGAUUGAGCCCUGCAGGAAACUGGAGGACCUGCAGAAGAGAGUCAGAGCAAAAGAGUUAAAGAAAAGAGCUCAAUGCAGGUUAACGUUCUCCCUUGGAGAAGGUGUCGAUCUGGCUGUUGGCGUAUACGUGUUGGCCAGGACUGCUAUGAAGCCUUCUGCUGUCAAACUUUACAGAGAUAAUAAUGAACCUGUACGGACUAAAUCCCGUCUCUUCCACACUCAAACUGGUGGCAUUUUAUUACCAAAUGAUACAAAGAGGGCACAGGUUUAUGGGCAGAAGCAGAUUGUGAUGGAAAAGGAUGAGGUGGAUGAGAUAAAGAAGUUUGAUGAUCCAGGAUUGGUACUGAUUGGAUUUAAGCCUAUAGAUCGCCUCAAACUGCACCAUCAUUUACGACCUGCUCUUUUCAUAUACCCUGAGGAGGAGCAGAUAUCAGGAAGCUCCUGUAUGUUUACAGCUCUGCUUUUGAAGUGCUGUGAAAAAAAUGUAUUUGCAUUGUGCAAAUACAUCCCUCGUCGUAACACUCCACCUCGGUUUGUGGCACUAGUGCCCCAGAGAGAAGAACUGGAUCAGAGUCAAACCCAGGCAACACCUCCAGGCUUCCAUGUGAUUUAUCUUCCCUUUGCUGAUGACAUACGCACUGUGGACCCUCACGUUGGUCCCACAGCCUCGGAUGAGCAGGUAGACAAAAUGAAAGAGAUCGUGCACAAGCUCCGCUUUAAAUACAGGAGUGAUGCAUUUGAAAACCCAGUGCUGCAACAGCACUACAGUAAUCUGGAGGCUUUGGCUCUGGAUAUGCUUUCACCUGAACCCAUUGAGGAUUUGACAAAUUCUUUAUGUUUCUUCAGUGCCAAAGGUAAAAAUGAUGGACGAUCGGCUUGGUCCGCUGGUUCAAGAGUUCAAAGAUUUGGUCUAUCCUCCUGAUUAUAACCCAGAAGGGAAACCUGCAGCUAAACGCAAACCUGCUGAAUCUGGUGGUGGUGCUGCUGAAAAGAAGGCCAAAGUUGAGAUUUCC